AUGGAGGUAGAAGACUUAGCAACGCAAUGGGAGAGGCUACACCUCUCUAAGGAAGAAAGUUAUUUUUUCCAUAUCAAUCCGAAAAAUUACACCGAGGAAGAUGCACGGGGCAAAAACUGUCUGGUGGGAAAGGCCCUAACGAAGAAGAGUGUUAACAAUGAGGCUUUUAGGGUCACAAUGUCUCAAAUAUGGAAGUUGGAGGGGUGGGUUAUUUUCAAGGAGUUGGGAGAGCAAUGUUUCCUGAUUGAAUUCCAAAAACUGAUAGAUAAAGACAGAGUCUUAAGUGGAUGUCCAUGGUUUUUUGAUAGACACCGUCUGACCAUGAUGGAAGUGGAUGAAACAAUAUCUAUCCAUGCUUUACAGUUUCGUUUUGAACCUUUUUGGGUGCAGUUGCAUAACCUUCCGUUAGCAACCAUGACUGAAGAGUUUGGUCAGCAGUUUGCAGGAUCAAUUGGUCACGUUAUAAGAGUAGAAGCUGAGGCUGAUGGACGUGCUUGGGGGAGGUGUCUCAGAGUAAGGGUAGCGGUGGAUCUCCAUAAACCUUUGCUGAGAGGAAAAUGGCUGAUGCUAGGUGAAAAAUAG